GGAGCCGCGUCCCCGCCCGCCGCGCCGCACAUGGAGCCCCGCCGCCCGGCCCCGCUGCCGUUGGUGCUGCUGCUGCUGCUCGCCGCCGUUUACGGAGGCACUUUGGGGGAAGCCCACGUUAGGAACCGAAGAGGAAUUCUUGAAUUGGCUGGAGCCAUCAGAUGCACUACAGGGCGGUCUCCUUUUGCCUACCUACGCUAUGGGUGCUACUGCGGCCUGGGAGGAAGGGGAUGGCCCAAGGACAGAGUGGACUGGUGCUGCUUUAACCAUGACUGCUGCUACGGUAAGGCAGAGCAAGCAGGCUGUCACCCCAAGAUAGAAAGUUACCACUGGGAAUGCGAGGACAACACUGCUGUGUGUGAAUCACUAGAAGACAAGUGUCAAAAAAUGGCAUGUGAAUGUGAUCGUGAAGCUGCCAAAUGUUUUUCUAAAGCUCCCUACCAUACCAAGUACCUCCUGUGGCCAGAUAUUAUGUGUGGUGAGGUUCAACCUUUGUGUAGAUAUUAAACACACAACAUCAGCCCCUAUGAAAACUCUGUACUUA